GUGUUUUAUCUUCUUAAUUGUACAUCUUUUCCUUACUAGUUACUCAGAUUUUUCAGUGCUCCAGAUUUACCCUUCACUUUGGAAUUCAACGAAGCAUCAAUGGAGAAAUCUGGGUAUGGCCGAGAUGGAAUUUUCCGAUCCCUCAGGCCUCCUCUGAAGCUUCCCAGGGACCCAAAUCUUUCCUUAGUUUCCUUCCUCCUCAACAACACUUCUACUUUCCCCGACAAACCGGCGCUCAUCGAUGCGGAUGCUGGUGAGUCUCUUUCCUUCUCUCAAAUGAAAUCCAUCAUCAUCAAGCUUUCCCAUGCCUUUCUCCGUCUGGGUAUUAAGAAAAACGAGGUCGUCCUCAUCUUCGCCCCCAAUUCAAUCCAGUUCCCUCUCUGCUUCUUCGCCAUCACCGCCAUUGGUGCCAUUGCCACCACCGCAAACCCCAUUUACACAGCCAAUGAACUUUCCAAGCAGAUCAAUGAUUCUGCUCCGAAGCUUAUAGUCACCGUUCCUGAAUUAGUUGACAAGAUUAAUGAUUUCAAUCUCCCUGUUGUUUUCUUGGGAUCUAAAACCCAUCAGGAACCCUCCCGAGUCAAACCCAAUGAAAAGGUUCUUCAUUUUCAGGACCUCCUUGAUUUACCCGGCAAGGUAACGGAAUUGCCCGUGGCUUUGGUCAAGCAGAAUGAUACGGCGGUGCUACUGUACUCUUCGGGCACCACAGGGACCAGCAAGGGCGUUAUUCUCACACAUGGGAACUGCAUCGCUGCUUCGUUAAUGAUGACUACAGAUCAAAAGAUUGUCGGGGACAUGCACCGGGUUUUCUUGUGCGUGUUGCCCAUGUUUCACGUCUUUGGAUUGGCAAUCAUACUGUAUUCACAGCUGCAGACAGGGAAUGCUGUGGUUUCCCUGAGAAAGUUCGAUUUUGAGAUGCUGUUGAGGUGCGUGGAGAAGUAUAAAGUCACUCAUCUGUGGGUUGUGCCACCCAUUAUACUAGCCUUGGCUAAGCAGAGUGUUGUGAAGAAGUUUGAUCUUUCUUCAUUGAGGCAUAUUGGGUCUGGUGCAGCUCCUCUGGGGAAGGAGCUGAUGGAGGAGUGUGCUAAGAAUUUUCCUCAGGCUGUCGUUCAGCAGGGCUAUGGUAUGACUGAAACCAGUGGCAUUGUUUCGGUAGAGAGUCCCAUGUUUGCUGUUCGGCAUUCUGGUUCAGCUGGAACACUUGUUUCAGGAGUUGAAGCCCAAAUAGUUAGUGUAGACACUCUAAAGCCUCUUCCUCCUAACCAGUUGGGGGAAAUAUGGGUGCGGGGACCAAAUAUGAUGAAAGGGUAUUUCAACAAUCCACAGGCGACAGAACUAACAAUAGACAAAAAUGGCUGGGUGCACACUGGAGAUCUUGGGUAUUUUGAUGGGGAUGGGCAACUCUAUGUUGUUGACAGAAUUAAGGAGCUCAUCAAGUACAAAGGUUUUCAGGUUGCACCAGCAGAGUUAGAAGGACUGUUGGUUUCUCACCCUGAAAUUGUAGAUGCUGUUGUCAUCCCAUAUCCUGAUGCUGAAGCUGGUGAGGUCCCAGCUGCAUAUGUGGUUCGAUCUCCCAACAGUUCCCUGACUGAAGAAGAUGUUCAAAGGUUUAUUGCUAAGCAGGUAGCACCUUUCAAGAGACUGAGGAGGGUGACUUUCAUAAACAGCGUUCCAAAGUCGGCUUCUGGAAAAAUUCUCCGGAGAGAACUAAUUGCAAAAGUAAGAUCCAAAAUAUGAGGUUCUGCCAUUAUCCCUCCUGCUUUCGGCUAAAUGCUUGAGACGAUGGAUGACACCAGGUUGGACUCAAACGGUCGACCUUACGCUUGAUAUUUUCAUUACAAAUAUUAAUCAUGAUGCUAAACCUUAAAUAAUCCUAAAUGCUCUGUAGCCUCGAUUAAAUGUUCCAUAGGAAUCUGGCCACCUCCAGUUCAACAUCAACAGAAUAAGAAUUUGAGAUGAUAAGUUUCAUGUUCAAAUAUUGAAAUAAAUGUAAGAGAAUUUGAAAAAAUAUAUAAAGACUAUCGUUGUUA